AUGUCAACAAAGAUGUUCACAAACUAUUUUGAAAAGUAAAACUAUAUGAUAAGUCGUCGAAUAUAUUUGUUCAAAUUUCCAAAUAUGGAGAAGGAUAAGUAUUUGCCGUAAGUACUAAAAUGUUUGGAAGUAGUAAUUUAAACAGUAUUAACAAAUGAAAUAGGUUUAUCGUGAUUUGCUGCAUUGAUGACAAAAUCGUCAACCUCACCUCAUAUAUAAGUAGGUAUGAUUGUCACUAUCUGGAAUGCAAGUCAUGUGACAAAUCACGUGAUAGCUUGAUAUACUAUUAUUGCACAGGUGUAUAUAUAAAGCUAUGGAUUACUAUUCAUUUGAAUUAUUUUAUUGAUUCAUUACGAGAGCCUUUACAUCAAGUGAUAGUAUAACAGCAUAUUUUUACCUUUUAUCGUCAUAAAUUGAAUAGUCAGAUAUUAAAGAAUGUUGACGUCUACUACCACAUCGCUAUUAUCCUUGCCAGAAAUGGACACACUUGCUACCGGCCGAAGGGUUGUUAUAGACUACAUGACAGAAACAGAACUAACAAAAACAUACAAUAUGAUUCAAGAAGCUGCAAAAAAUGGAGAGGGGUACGGUAUUGACGAAUUCGAUUCAGAAAAAGAGUUUCGAAAAGAAAUAAAAGGCAGUCAUUCUUUUGCAAUAAAAUGCCCAGAUAGUGGUUCUUUCUUAGCUGGUGUUAUCAUUGCGGUUAGUAAGUUUUAUCGGGGACAUGGUGCUAUAGCUGAUCCGUUCGUGAUCGUAGAAAGAUCAGAGAGAAAACAGAGAUUGGGAGAAUUUGCCUUGAGAAAGUCAAUAGAAUUUGCAAAACGCUUAGGAUACAAGGGAAUGUAUGUCGACACAUUUUCAAAUAAUGUUGCAAUGAUUAAGAUAAUCGAAAGCAUUGGUGGUUUCAUACAAGUCGGAUGCUUACCAGUUGGCGGGAAACUACAGAAUGGACACGUGGUAGGAUCUGUGAUUUUCUACUGUAACUUUGUUGAUGAUAACAAUAAUGUUGUAAACGAAACUUGAGCGGAUUUAUUGUAUGUUUGACGAAUACAUACCACCUAUGGCUCUCCAUAAGGCGAAGAGAAAAUUCCACAUGAACAGCUUCAAGCUGAUACGACAAAGAGGAGACAAUUCAGUGUGAGGGAUAAUUGAAUCAGUGAUAUAACGUUAUAACAUUAUAACGAUAUAACAUUACAAAGAGUAUUACAAGUAUGUAACUUUUUAUCGGCCUACACGGGAAAGGUCCGGUUUCAUCUUGAAAAGAUACAAAAAACACUUAUAAACAAUGUAAUGAUUGAUGUUAAGAUAAAUAAAUAUACAAAUAUA